GUACCAUAAAAAUCGUUUCAGUGAGAGUUUGCGAUCCCGCGGGUACGGUCGAAACUAACGGGAUUUUCGAUUAUUCAGCCGUUACCCGUUUCCGCUUCGCGUUUCGCGUUAGGCGUUUUGGCAUUUAGCGUUCGGCGUUCUGCGUUCCGUUGCAUGCAAAAGCUGGUCACAAUCAAAAUAAUAUUGGAGAGAAUCGUUUAAUUGUUGCGAGUGUUACAUCAAUUCAUUGAAAUGUGAAACGCUUCAGAGUGUGUCUAUUGAAAUUGCGUAUACUACGCGUAAAUUAUACAAAAUAGAAAACAAACAAAAAGAGACGAAAACCCGAAUCUCCAAACUUAAAACGUGUCGCGUUUCAUGAGCGUUUUUUUGGUGCGUUUAUUGUCGCGUGUGCCGCGCUAACUCUGCACGUUCCUAGCUGGCAAAAUCCUCGACGGAAAAUUUGUAAAUGGACGCAAAUAAAAAUGUCAAAUUAAAUCAAAUCAAUAUAUGCGCAAAUAAGCCAGGCCAAUAACAACAACAACAACAACAACAAAUGAUUGUGGUGUGCGUGUGUGCAAGUCUGUAGAGCCCGAAAGUAGGCAACGAAAGCUGCCCGCCACAUCGCCAGCAACAGCAGCAGCUCCACUUCGCAAACAAGCUGCUCUAUAGCCAUUCUCCAGAGCAGACAAACACAGGCAGACAAACAUACACACACAACAUCACACACAUAUACACGCUCACAAUCACUGGCACAAUCAAAGAGCGCGGCAACCAUGUGCUUGGCUGUCAGCUGCCUGUUGUCCCUGCUGCUCUGCCUCGUCCUGCCCGCGUCCAACGCACUUGCAGCGGCAGCAACACGUGCUCGCGUCAGCUCCUCCACGACAAUGACACGAAAUAUUGAGGAAGAGAACGCUUUACUUAAUCUGUUGGCUGGUCCGCCCGUGCUCUCCGAAUCCAUAAUUGGCACAAUGGGACGACUGCCCUGCAAUGUGACCCCGCCCAUUUACGAGGAUCGUGUGGCUCUGGUCAUUUGGUAUAAGGUCGGACUCAAAACGCCCAUCUAUAGCGUGGACACACGCGACUCGAACUUUGCGCAGGGCACGCACUGGUCGGAUGAAACGUAUCGGGAGCGACUCUCCUUUCACGUGGAAGGACGUGCCGGCACGCUGACCAUCAAGUCAACGGCUGAGGAGGAUACGGGCGAGUAUCGCUGUCGCGUCGACUUCCAGAAGAGCCCCACACGCAACUCCAAAGUGAAUUUAACUGUCAUAACACCACCGGAGUCCAUCAUCAUACUGGACAGCAAGGGAGCCACCAUCAAGGAUCAUACGCUGGGGCCCUACAAUGAGGGCUCCAGUGUGAACGUCACGUGCGUGGCCAUUGGCGGUCGACCACAACCGAGGGUUACCUGGUGGCACGGCAACACAAUGUUCAAUAGCUCCGGCCUGGGCCAUCCGCUGUCGGAGCGACGUGUGGGCAAUGUGCUAUCGCUGGCCAAGCUGAAGCGCAAGAAUCUUCACAUGCAGCUGACGUGCCGGGCGGAGAACAAUAAUUUGACAACGCCAAUUAUCAGCAGCAUCGUCCUCGACAUGAACUUGCGUCCCCUGAUUGUCAAGCUGCAGGGUGAGAAUCGUCCGCUUUCGGCGGAGAACUCUUAUCAGCUCAGCUGCGUAGUCAUCGGCUCACGUCCAGCGCCAACGAUUACCUGGUGGAAGGGCAGCACACCCAUGAAGAAUACGCACGAAAUCGCCAAUCCUGAUGGUAAUAUGACCACAUCGGUGCUGACAUUCACGCCCACCAUCGACGAUCGCGGCAAGUUUCUGUCCUGCCGCGCUGAGCAGAGCAUGAUACCUGAGUCGGGCAUGGAGGAUGGCUGGAAAUUGGACAUCUAUCAUAUACCCGUUGUCAGCCUGGAGCUGGGCACGAACUCGCUGAAUGCAACGCUGCGAGAGGGCGUCGAUGUCUUCUUCGAGUGCAACAUCAAGUCGAAUCCGUGGAUCUACAAAGUCAGCUGGCGACAUAAUGGCGCCAUACUGGAGAAUAAUCCCGCCGAGGGCAUCGUCGUGGCCAAUCAAAGUCUAGUGCUGCAGAACGCGAGCCGGGCCAGAACGGGCAUCUACACCUGCGUUGGCAGCAACCGCGAGGGCGACGGCGAGAGCAAUCCCGUUCAGCUGGACAUUCGCUUUGCGCCCGUUUGCCGUGCCGGACAGCGCACCACGUACAGUUCGGGCCGCCAUGAGACCGUUAAAGUUGCAUGCGAAAUCGAUGCGAAUCCCGCGGAGGCAACAUACGUCUGGAAAUUCAAUGCAACGCAGGGCGAGACAGCUGAUAUACCCGCAUCGCUGGUGGCCGUCGACCGCGGCCGCAGUGUGGCCCACUACACGCCCAUGGUGGAGAACGACUACGGCACACUCCUGUGCUGGGCCAGCAACGAAAUUGGCGAUCAAAGCGAGCCCUGCGUGUACACAAUAGUGCCAGCAGGCGAACCGGAUCCAUUGUUGAACUGCACGCUGCUCAAUCAGACAUCGUCCGGCUUUCAAAUCGAGUGCGUUGAGGGCUUCGAUGGUGGCCUGCCGCAGGACUUUAUCAUGGAGGUUUACAUGAACGGAACGACGCGCUAUCCCAAAAUUUACAAAUCAAAGAAGCCCUACUUCGAGGUGAGCGGCCUGCAGCCGGGCAUGGGCUACAAUGUCUUCCUUAUAGCGCACAACAGCAAGGGGCGCAGCAAUGCGACUAUAUUGCAGGUCUACACGCUGAAGGAUCCGGAGAAGCAAACGGUUCAAAUAACAUUUACCAGAUCCUAUCAAGCUUUUAAGCCUGCCCAUGGCAGUCAACCGACAGCAACAACAACAACAAAAACAACAGCUACAGCAACACACAGCACAUCAAAGGCAACCACAAGCGAUUGCAUAUGCGACGAGGAUGAGUUUAUGGGCGUGGGCAAAGGGGCGUACGAUGAAGACCUAUCGCUGGCCAAUGGGCCCCUCAUCGAGGACAUCCGGCCAUUCCUUGGCAUACUGGCCGGCAUUGUGGGCAGUUUAUUUCUGGUGGCACUCAUCAUCGUGGUGGUGGUGCGGGUUCGCGGCUCGUCGGGACGCGAUCGCAAUAAUUACUCGCAUCCGGGCAACGGGGGCAGCAGCAGCACCGCCAACGGCAACGGCAACCUCGGCAUUCUCGGCAGCAACAACAAUGGCAGCCUGGGCAUCGGCACACUGGCGCACAAUGGUGGCCAAUCAGUGCAGGAUAUGCAUCGCAUCGGCCGGGAGACGUGCCACGUGACGAGCAGCCUGGACAGCAUUGAUAAGAAUCCGGACAUAAUACCGCAAGAUGGCCACGACGUGGACGACGAGUGGACAACAAAGGGCCACAAUCGUGCCUAUGCCACGGCCGCAUUGGCCGAGCAGAACGCCGUGAUAACCUCCACAACCUACGAUCACAUCAUGCCCACGUAUGCCGUGGUCGACAAAAAGACUGGCCCGCCCACAGCCCACGGCCAGUACAUACAAUAUAAUACGCUUAUACCCGUUGGCAAAAUGGGCGCUUAUGCCAAUCAGCAGCAGCAGCAACAGCAGCAGCAGCAGCAGCAGCAACAACAGCAGCAGCAGCAGCAGCACCAACAGAAGACUGAGCUCAGCUAUAGCGAGCUGGCUGGUGCCCCACUGGUGGGCAAUGCCGUUGGCGUUGGCGGCGUCCAGCGCCUGACGCCCUAUUGCAGCGCCACCUUGGGACGGCCGAGGCAGACGGACCUGAAGCGAGCCGAGCCGAACAUCUACUCGCAGAUCGAUCUGGCACAUCACCCCAUGUACUCAACGAGUCCCAUGUUUGGAACGAACAGCACCAUCACCGGUGUCACCAUGUCGCAUCCAUCACAAUUGGCCACCUUCUCGCCCACGCCGCCGCCGCCCAUAUUUGCGCACAGCGUGGUAGCCACGGGAGAUGGGCUGCUGCAGCCGGUGACGUGCAUGGGACUGGUGGCCACAUCCUCGACAGCCGCGCCCGGCAAUGGGCCCGUCGUUCAGCAGCAUCAGCAGCUCCAGCAGCAGCAGCAGCAGCAGGCAGCGGCCAACGGCGCUGGCGGAAACGGAAGCAUCGUUGGCGUCGGAGUCGGCGUCGGCGUCGGCAUGAGCCUUUAUGGCAGCGAUGUGGCCAAGCCGCAGCACUUGAAGACCGUGCCGGAGGAGCUGCACCACCAGCUGAACGGCGACGAGAUGCUCAUUAGCCAGGAUCGCAAUCAUGGCACGGGUACACGAUUUUGACGCUGAGUGCUGAUAGCCGAGCAGCAGUCGAUGAUCUAAGCCGACAACAAAUCAAAUCAAAUCAAAUCGAAUCGAAUCGAACCUGGGCGAGAAGUUAGUAAAAGAUGAAAUUGACUAUAAGUUAUGUGAUGUGCGCUGGAUGAAUUGAGAUAGAAAACUGAAUUCAAGCUGCCAGCAAAGCAUUUAGCGUGGAGGUUGACAUUGAAUACUGAGCGAUUGGGUAGCACUUUUUAAUGCAUCAAAGGAAGACGACGACGAAAAUGCGCCAAAUAAUGUAAAAUAACAAACAAAAAAUUAUAACAAUAAAUAUGCAUGUAAAAUGUUAAGAAA